UAAUAUAAUGAUUAUUCUGAUAACAUGUUUACAAUAAUUUACAUUGAUCCAGUAAUUCUAGUAGUACGGUCAUCGACUUUUUAACUUAUUUACAUUUUUGCUUUUUUCAAAUCAUGUCAAAUUUAAAACUUUACCAUUUUCCACUAAGUGCACCAUCUAGAGGAGCUUUUUUGGCUCUAAAAUCAAUAGGAGUUUCAACCGAAAUAAUUAUCAUUGAUUUGUUCAAAAAGGAACAGCUAAGUGAAAGUUUUAUUAAAAUUAAUCCCCAACAUUGUGUCCCUACACUUGAAGAUGACGGGUUUGUUUUAUGGGAAAGUCGUGCUAUUGCCUGCUAUGCAGCUGAAAAGUAUGGAAAAGACAGCCUUUAUCCUAAGGAUAUAAAAAAACGGGCAAUUGUCAAUCAGAGAUUGUAUUUUGAUAGCUCAUUUUUGUAUCCCAGAAUCAGAGCAAUUUGUUAUCCAAUCCUAUUUGGUGGAGUAACAGAAAUACAGAAACAUUUAAUGGAUGAACUUAACACCACUCUCACCUUUUUGGAUCAAUUUUUAGAGGGUCUGAAUUUUGUUGCUGGUGAUAACCUUACAAUUGCAGACACAGCAAUAUUAGCUUCAAUAUCUUCAAUUCUGGCUGUUGGAUGGGACAUAUCUUUGUUCACUAAUAUUCAAAGAUGGCUGAAAAAUUGUGAAGUAAUUCCCGGAUACAAAGAAAAUAUGGAAGGAGCACAGAGGUUUGGAGAUGCUGUUAAGAAGAAUUUGAAAUCCUGAACAUCUUACUUAAAGCUUAUUUUAUUUUAUAAAAAUAUUGUGUACUAUAUACUUAUAUUAUUGUAAGGCUACACUAAGAAAUCAAUUUACAAUAUAAAUUUUAAUUUACAAAGUUUUAAGAAAGAAUAUAUUUAAUACUCUAAUAAAUGUUGUUAUAGUAUGAUUAUCUACCUAUAAAAUUUUAUUACUA